CGCGCGCUCCCGGAACCAUUAAAAUAUGUUCCUUUGUUCCGGGGGGGACGCGUUUCAGCGACGUACCGGUCCUGGGAUUUCUUUCCAUUGCUUUAAAAGAAGUCGUUUCAAGGCAUGUUAGUGUAUUUCGACAGCUAACAAUAAUAAAGCAUGGCCGAGACCACAGAAAAACCGCAGACCUACGAGGAGAUGUUUGCCCACAGAUUUACAUCUGAGGACAAAGACUACCAGGAGUAUCUGAAACGGCCAACUGACCCCCCACCCAUCGUCGAGGACUGGAGGAGUCGUGGAGGUGGACACCACAGAGGCAGGGACAGGUACCAAGAUCGGCGAGGUCGUGGCUGGGGAGGAGGGCGAGGCUGGGGAGGAGAUCGGGGUUGGGGAGGAGACCGAGGUUGGAGAGGAGAACAUCGUGGGCAGCAGCACUGGCAUGACAGAGAUAGGGACAGGGACAGAGAAAGAGACAGGAGCAGAGACAGAGACAGAGACCGGCAAGGGCAAUGGGGCCAUGGAAGUGGGUAUCAAUCAGGCUCACCAAGCUCCAACCAGGGAUACAACUCUCAUCAUCAGAGACCUCAAUAUGACCGCUACUGAUCUCUAAUGUCAUUUCUCAGGUGUUGUUAGUAUUUAUAGUAUUCACAGUCUUUAACUUCACAGUAUCAUAUGUGGCAGUGUGCAACUGUUGACAGUCUCAUAAGCAAGGGCUGAGCAAUAUAUCAAUAUUAAUAACAUAAUGUCCAUCAUGGUAAUUGUGUGGAACUUUUUUAUAUUGUCACACAGUUUUGUCUGAAUUAAAAAUACAAAGCAAAUGCACAGAUUUUCCAGAAUUAUUUCUGAAAUGUGACAGCAGAAGAUGACUGUUCCUGUUCGACUUCCAUGUACAUUUUACUCUACCAGAACACUGUAAUUUCUUCCCAUAUUGCUUCAUAUUGCUCAGCCCUGUAAACAUAAUACCUUUUCUCUUAUAUUUCUGUUUUAAUAUUUCAGAUGUGGAAUUUUUAUGAUUAUCUCAUUAUGACAUUAUAAGAGGGAAUUGUUUUGUGUUUGGAUAAUUUUGCAGCUACAUCUCUACAUGCUUUGAUAUGAGAAUUAUAUGAAUUAAACAGUACAGUAUUGUCGCAACCAGUGAGUCAGAAUUUCCAGAGAAAAUCAGUUUGUAAUGCAGCUUUAUUUUUCUGUAUCGCAACAUCACUGUAGGAUACCGAUGAACAGAACUGCUUUCAAUAAACAUGUAUUUUCUUAA